CUGAGUGUCUUCUUCCUUCCAGGAGUUUGGGCUGAAUGUAGUAAACCAUCAUUCCUUCACAUGACUGCACCAAAGCAGCUGGAAGCUCUGAGUGGAUCCUGUUUGAUAAUUCCAUGUGGAUUUAAGAAAACACCAGGAAAUAAUGGAGAGAAGUUUGACAACAACAGAGAAACCUUUGGAGUUUGGAUUAAAAACAAUACUCAGUACUUUGAAAAUCCAAACAAUGUGAUUUUCAACAGCAGUAAGAAGGAAAACAUCUAUCCAAUGAAGAUCAUUGGAAACCUGAGACAGAAAAACUGCACCACUUUGUUUUCUAAUUUGACCACAAAACAUACAGAAAGAUAUUAUUUUAGGAUUGAAGAUGGAGAAUUUAAAGUAGUCGACCGUUGUAAUUUCAUUGAGAUAAACAUUCAAGAUUCUCCUCAGAGUCCCAGCAUUGAAAUCCCAGCUGAUCUGAAGGAGAAGACGUCUGUCUCCAUCACCUGCUCGGCUCCCACUCCCUGUCCUCACUCCCCUCCUGAACUCACCUGGAAUCUCCAAGCAGACUCUCAGAGACAAACGGAGACAAACACAGAUGGAAGCUUUACAACUAAAAUCCAGAAGACCAUCACUCUGUCAGACACUCAUGAUGGAUUCACCAUCAGAUGUUCUGCCAGAUAUCCUGUGAAUGAAGGACAACCAAAGACAGCAGAGACACUAAAGACUCUCAAUGUUUCAUAUGCUCCUAAGAACACCUCAGUAUCCAUCAGUCCAUCAGGUUCAGUGUCUGUAGGUAUCUGGGUGAACCUUACCUGUUCCAGCAGAGCUAAACCUGCUGUCAUCAACUUCAUCUGGUUCAGGAGAAGCAAAGAUGGAGACCAGAAAGUAGCUGAAGGAGAAUCUUACAGCCUGAAUGCAACAGAAGGAGGAGCUUAUUACUGUAUGGCUACAAAUGAUCUGGGGAACCAGACGUCUGGAAAGAUUAAUCUGACUGUUGGAGCAGGGAUAGACAACUCCAAGAAAAUCAUCUUUGGAGUAGCCGCUGUGAUCCUCAUUCUUAUCCUCUUGAUUAUCUGUAUUUGGUGUUUUAGAAAAAUUCAACAACAGCAGCAGCAACAGCCUGCAUUUGAGCUUGAUCUUCAAAGUCCAGCCCCUAAAACUGAAGACAACCUUCACUAUGGAGAGUUGAACUUUAAAAAGAGAGCUGAGGAUUCUUCAGCCUCCCCACAGGACAGAAGCCGGCAGGAGGACACAGUGUACGCAGACGUGAAGGUGUCUCAAAGUGGAAACAGUUCCACAGAGGCUGCUGAGAAACCAGAAGAUGUUUAUGCUCAAGUGAAGAAGAAAUGACCCUACUUUUACAAAGAAAUAUGGCCAAUCUGUUUCUCAGACAUCUAUGAUAAAACUGUAUAUGGAAGAGAUGAAGAUCUGUCCUUUAAUUUUUUUUUUGCUCUGAAAAAAACAAAAAAAAUAUUGAUCACAGGACUUUAAAUGUUGCUCUUUAUUAAUUUAAUUUUACAUGUUCAUCAUGUAAUUUUGACUCCGAGUUUUGCAUCAUUUCAUUUGCAACAGAUUUUGCAGUUAUUGCCUUUGGCUUUUUUUCCCCUUUGGCUAAUUUUCCAACUAUCAAGUCUUGUGUUAGCUUUUCUAAAUGAAAAUAUUUUACAGUCAUAUUUUUCAGUAAAAUUUAUAGUAGAAAUGUUAACUGGAUUGACUCCAAGGAGACAAUAUCAAUGACUUUUUGGUGCCAACUUUUGUCUGCCAUUUUUAAAUUGUGUAAUUUAAUUAACCGCUUCGUUUUGCUAUGGCUUGGGAUCAUUUUGACAUCAGAGCUAUGUUUAUAGUUAUAUGACUAUUAAUUACUCUUUUUUUUUUUUUUACAUCAUUUAUUGUUUCUUACUAUCCUUUGUUCUGCAUGCAUGUUGAAAAGCUUUUAGUUACAUCCAAUUCUGAAUUCUCCCCCCUAAUCCCUAACUACUAAAAAACUAUUUAUUGUGGGACUAUGUAGUGCCCUGGAUUUUAAAAGUAAUUCAAACACCAUGCUCUCUACUUCUCUUUGUAAUAGAAUAAAAAAAACAAUCAAUCAGAAAUAAAGAAA